CUUUCGUUCUGCCAAAUCUAUGUAUGAGCCUGACGGCCUUGUGGUACUGUUCAUGGCCCCCAAAGUGUUGCCAUGCUUGAUGCAGUGGGAUUCUUUCUUGACGGAAGCAGCCAUCUAUACUUCCUCGCCAUAAAUAUCGUUUUGCAUUAUUCUUUCUCUUUUUGGAACCUGACAGCCUCUUUCCGCGCCCAUGGCGUCUCUCUUACCUCCACGAGAGCUCACUACUGACAUGAGCCAGUGUUCUUGCUCUCAUUUUGUAGGUAAGUGCAGUAUAAAAUAUUUGGUCAUUGUUGUUUGAAUGCUUUCUCGCCUGAGUUCCACGGAGGCUUCAAUAUCACCCAUCCACCCAUCCGUUCACAAUAAGCAUAUCGCAGCAUCCAUUCACUAUUGUAUCUUCACUGCAGUCAUGCGUUCCAUUACUCAACUCACACUCCUCCUAUUAACCACCCUCUGUUCCGCAAACAACCUCAACCUCUACAACUCGAACGGUGCGACAUUCUGGCCAGGGCACUUCACCUCCAGCAAAUCCUCAGGCUGCAUCAAACCGUCCGACGUCUGGGACAGAAACUCCUAUAUCGUCUUCAAUUCGAAGAACACAGACGAUGCGCCAUUCAACUUCUCCAUCUCGACCCACCACACGAAAUACUACCCACACACGCUACAGAACCUGCUACAGGCGUACAACUUCGACAUCACCUUGGAAAGUUCCGUCGAUGCAUCCGAGUGUUGCGGAUGGUGGGACACAGGAGCAGUGAAGGCUCGCGGCAUAACUCGAGGCCACAUCCUGUGGAAGUACAACGACCUUCGGCGUGUGCGAGCACCACCCAACUCUGGAAGGAUGUCGGGCUGGUAUGCGAAUCGUGAGGAUCAUAUUCCUCCCCGCAUGAGCCACAGGCCCAGCAACGAAACCAUCGCUUUCCUCACCCAACUCCUGUUGAGCAACGGUCCAUAUGCAGAUGUCUACUUCAACUGGACACUCUGCCUCACAGCCUUGUGUGCAUGGUUUACUGUUAUGAUGCUCAUCGGCUUGGCUCAUAAAGUUGCUCGUGCUAUGCAGGCUCGGACGCAGGCUCGCUUGAAGAUGGAGGAGGCUGAGGAUGAUAUCGAACUCUCCAUGAUCGAACCACAACGCGCGGCCGGAUUCAAGUCGUCUGAAUCCACGGGUUCUGAACCUCUACCUCGCUACUCGGUAGACGGUGCCGGUCGCUGAGCCUGGCGUUGUCGAGCUUCCCGUCUAUCAGGUCGUUGGGAUGUUUCGUAUGCAUGUUUUCGUUGAUCGUGUUUUGCAACGUCGGCUUUGGCAGGUGUUACUUGUUCUCAUUUUUACACGUCUUGUUAGUCUUUUUGCGUCUCCCGCUUAGAAUAAAAUGCCUUGAUCUUCAAUGCUUUGACUUUUCGUAUUGAUACUAUGACUUUAUAUGCUUCUUUGAGAUGAAGACCUCGAUGAUCGAGUGGGGUUGUGGUCGGAAUGGGUCAUUGAUGUCCGUCAGCUGCCAAAACUAGUCUCGUUACGAUUUAGCCUUCUCCAACAUUCCCGAAUCAUCUCGUCCCGUCGCGAGUUUGAUCUUGGACAACUAUUA